UGUGCGUGUGUCCGCGUGCAUUGUGGUAUCUCUCCGCCCCCCAAUACACAUUGCACGCACGCUUGCACACCAUUUUCUCACCAAUCACCAUUCGUGGCUGCCGCGGUUUUGGAAUUUUGCAGGAGGCAAAGGAGAUAAUGGCAUCGCUGAAGGCCGUGCCGUUGAUGGCGUUUCUGACGGCGGUGAUGUUCCUGGGCGAGGUCCGCGGCUACUCCAAGCUGUACGACAACAUGGACGAGUACGGCGGCGUGCAGUUUCUUGCCUUUUCCUUUGUCACCUUCCUUCUCUUCACGGACAUGUGCAUCUACUGGAUCCACCGCUGGCUGCACCACCCGCUCAUCUACCCGCUGCACAAGCCGCACCACCUGUGGAAGCUGCCCACCCCGUUUGCCAGCCACGCCUUCCACCCGCUCGACGGUUUUGCGCAGAGCCUGCCCUACCACAUCUACCCGUACCUCUUCCCGCUGCACAAGGGCAUGUACCUGCUGCUCUUUGUCUUUGUGAACCUGUGGUCUGUCGGCAUCCAUGACAACGACUACCGCCUGCCCGGCUUCCUGCAGCCCAUCAUCAACGGUGCAGCGCACCACACGGACCACCACCUCAAGUUCAACUACAACUACGGCCAGUACUUUACGCUGUGGGAUCGCCUUGGCGGGUCGUACCUGCACCCCUCUGGCUACUCUGGCACGGGCCCCCACGAGCAGGUGAAGCAGCACCUUGCCCGCCAGAACGGCGGCGCCAAGAGCAACGGCAACGGCGUGGCUUCCAAGAAAUCAGACUAACUCCCAUGCACACUUGCUCAAGGUUGUUGUGCUUUGCCUGCGUUGUGUGUGUGUGUGUGUGUGUGUGAACGUUAUAUGUGUGCGGUUGUUGUGUCUGUGUCAUGAUUGUUUGUGACAUGUGUGUGUUUUGUGUUGUGUACUCCUAUGCUCUGCACGAUGUUCGAGCGAAGUAGACUCGCACACGCUUUGUGUUCUGAUGUGUUGUCGACGAUAUGCCCUUCUGGCUGACACACUUCUUCUCUCUGCCUCUAUUUCCUUUCCUUCCUUCCACGACUUCUUCGUCUUCUUUCCUGCACGUGACUUGUUGGGCUGUGUCUCCACCGUAAACACAAGAAGUGAAGCAAACACCAG